AUGCAAGCUCCUGCUAAGUACGACUUCGCGUGGGCUGUGAAGGACGACUACUCCGGGAACGACUACGGCCACCAGGAGUCCCGCGACGGCUACAACACCCAGGGGUCCUACUACGUGCAGCUUCCCGACGGCCGCCUGCAGAAGGUCACCUACCACGUGGACGGCGACUCUAGCUACGUGGCCGAGGUCACGUACGAGGGACAGGCUCAGUACCAAGCCCACCAGCCUUCGUACCAUCCUACACCUGCAUACCAACCUACCCCUUCGUACCACACCACCCCUUCAUACCAUCCCACACCAUCGUACAGACCUACCUCUUCUUACAGGCCAAGGCCGCAUCACUGA